CGUUAAUGGAUACUACUCAAUUAAAAACUAAGGUUCUCUUAGAUUUUACCAAGAAGAACAAAUAACUAUUAGAUGAAUGGUCAGAAAAGACUGUUUAGGCAUUCUUAGAAUAAAGUAGAAAAUUCACAGAAGAAAUGUAUUCAGGAAAUCUAUCAAUGGUUGAUGAUGGAUACAAUGAUACAUAGGAGUAAUUACAAAUACUCGAGAAUUUAUUUAAGAGUAUAUAAAUGAAAUGAAAAUUAGAUUUUACAAAAACAAAGGGAGACAUAAUGCACAAAUUGAGAAUUUCAUAUUCUAUUGCUAGACGAUUAUAUAUGGAAAAUUUACAAAAAAGAGUGUUCAAAACAUUCAGACAAUAGGUGAAAUACUAAAUAUAUAUUCGAAGAAUGAAGUUAUUUGCAGCUAAUUACUCAAAGUAAAAAUGAAGAAGAUUAGCUUAGAUUGAGAUUGCCAAAAUAAGUCUUCACAAAAUGGAGAAAAUUGGCUCAUAAUGAAACAAGAUAAGCAAUUCUCCAUUAAGUAAAUAGGAAAACUGAUAAUGAAAUAAUGUAAAUGUAAAAGGAAUAUGAACAAUUAAUUGCAUAAUUAGAGGAUGUGUUAGAGAAGAAGUUGAUGGAAUUGAAAGUAGAAGAAGAAUAACAUAAAGAAUUAGUAUUACGAUAUGAUGGUAUUGUUGAGAAGCGAACAGCUAUUAAACACUGA